ACAUGAUGCGGAAACAUCCUCUGCAGCCUGACAUGAGCCGCUCUGCAAUGACAACUGAGGCGACUUCAUGUUGCGAACAACACGCACACAGCUGUGAGGUGGACACAGGAACCAGGAGUUGGACAUACAGAGAUCUUUGGCUGUUGAGGAUCACCACAGUUCACACAGGAGCCUCCCCCUGGUCUGCAGUGACUAUUGGACUCCCCAGUAAUUCAUUAACCUCCUCAAUCAGAUGGGCAAACAGCAACAGAUGAAAAGAACAGCAAGGUCACUGUUCAAGCUCUUUUUAUAAAUAGGUGCUUAAAGAAAACUGAUCCUAUACAUUGUUUAUGUCACUACCUGAUUGAUAAAUGCCUUUUCCAACCCCCGUCGGGCCGGCCUGCAGCACAUGGUAACAAUCCAGAUUAAAUCAGUUUCAGGGCAGAGAAGUUGACCAUUAACCUCCCCAGCAGAUUGCAGACACCUCUCCGCGUGUAAGCAGCUGCUUCUGUACAGUGGAUCCUGAAGCAAAGUUCACUGUCACAGGCAGCAGACGUCUGUCAGGCAGCAGGAGCUUGCUACCCUCCUCUGGAUCUGUCCUCUGUUCUUCCACUUUUUGCCUUUUCUGUAGGACUAAAUCUGCAACCAUGGCUACAGCAAGUUAUGGAUACUACCGGGGCACUAUAUUUCUGGCCAUGUUUGUCGGCUACACGCUGUACUACUUUAACAGGAAGACAUUCUCCUUUGUGAUGCCUUCGCUAAUGCAAGAAAUUGAGCUGGAUAAGGAUGACCUGGGCAUGAUCACCAGCAGCCAGUCUUUGGCCUACGCUAUCAGUAAGUUCAUCAGUGGCGUUCUUUCGGACCAGAUCAGCGCCCGCUGGCUCUUCUCCAUUGGCCUGUGCAUGGUGGGAGGCAUCAAUGUGGUCUUCUCCUGGUCCUCCACUGUCGCUGUCUUCUCUGCCCUGUGGUUUCUCAACGGUCUGGGCCAGGGCCUCGGCUGGCCUCCCUGCGGCAGGGUGUUGCGCAAGUGGUUUGAGCCCUCUCAGUUCGGGACAUGGUGGGCAAUUCUCUCCUGCAGCAUGAACCUGGCUGGCAGCCUUGGCCCCAUCAUUGCCACGGUGCUGGCCCAGACUUACAGCUGGAGGACGAUACUGUCAGUAUCUGGAAUGAUUUGCGUGGCGUUCUCCUUUGUCUGUCUGCUGCUCAUCAAGAAUGAACCAAAGGACGUGGGGCUGCCCAAUAUAGAGGCGGCAGCCAAGAAGAGCAAAGGCGGAUCCUCCAGUGAUGAGAGCACCCUGUCAGAGUUCCUGCUGUCACCCUACCUGUGGCUGCUGUCUGUGUCCUACCUGGUGGUGUUUGGGGUGAAGACGGCGUGCACCGACUGGGGCCAGCUGUUUCUCAUUCAGGACAAGGGCCAGUCUACACUCAUGGGUAGCUCAUACAUGAGUGCCCUGGAGGUGGGAGGCCUGUUGGGCAGUCUCGCAGCAGGUUUCCUCUCUGAUAAGGCUGUGGCCAAACAAGGUAUGAGAAUCUAUGGCAAUCCCCGCCACUUUGUCCUGAUCUGCAUGAUGGUUGGAAUGUCUGUGUCCAUGUACCUGUUCAGAGUCACAGUUACUCCCGACAGCUCAAAGGUGUGGAUACUCAUACUGGGUGCUGCUUUUGGUUUCUCCUCUUAUGGACCGAUAGCAUUGUUUGGCGUUAUAGCCAAUGAGAGUGCCCCAUCCAACUACUGUGGGACGUCACAUGCCAUUGUGGCCCUGAUGGCCAACAUUGGUGGCUUCCUGUCUGGACUUCCCUUCAGCACCAUCGCCAAGCACCACGGCUGGGAAGCGGCAUUCUGGGUAGCAGAGGUCACCUGUGGCAUCACCACUAUUGGAUUCUUCCUGCUGCGCAACAUCCGAACCAAGAUGGGUCACGUCUCCAAGAAGGCAGACUAAAACAUCAUUGCACCUAUUCCUCUGCUCCAAGAGGACAACUGGAUACUUUGAGCCAUCAUUGUAUUGUCAUAUUUUUCUUACUUGAUUUUUUUUAAUACCAUAGUAUUUUCUCUGUCAGUCUAACAGGAAACUCUGAGAAGUUAAGCACUUUUUCCUAAAAAGCCUGUUUUGAAAGGUCCUUUUCUACAUACGAUAUUUGUAAACACAUCAGUAACUUAAGAAGGGAACAUUGUGUAGGUCAUAUAAUGAAAUGUGGCAUAAACACAACUAGAGAAAGGUUUUCUCUUCCAAGGCCGAUUAAGUAUUUCAACACUGAGAGCACACAACUAAACCUGGUUUAGAAACCGGUAUAUUUUAUAUUAUACAAUAUAUACAUAUUAUACGAUAUCUGUGUUAAAAAACAAGUCUGUAGUGAAAUUACAAAACUUACACAAUGAUCAUUUUUUGUAGAAAGUGUGUGGUCUUGUGAGAAAAGUCAAAGGCUUGAAUAAAUUAACUUUGUUGUUUCA